GCUCGGAGUGGGAGUCAGCAGAGAGCGGACAGUAGAGACGGGACGAGAGGGUCCAAAAGAGAAACACUGAAGAACCUUCACUGACACACGACCGGGCCCGGACUAGACGGGUGAUCCUGCUCAUAAUAUUCAGGUUCUGGUUCUGAAUCCGAUUUUACUGAGGUCACGCCACUAUGCCCGAAGGAUCUCUAACCUCCUCUAAUGACGCUUCGAUGAGUGAAGAGUCGCCCCGUCUAUCCACCGCCUCCAUCAGCAGUAAUGAGCGAGCUCCGUCAGCCACAGCGUCGGACUCUUUAGAGCGCCCUGCAAGCCUAAUCUCCACGCUGUCCUCAGGAUCCGAAUCCUCCAGGGACGAUCCCCCGUCUACCCUGACUUUAGGCCCCAAGGUCAACCUGGACUUGAGCCCCCAGCCUGACAAAAAGGGGCAGGGCCUCAGGCUCAUUGACAAAGACAAGGAGACGACUCCAAUCCGAGCCUCUAGCCGAAGGUACUCUCCAUUCGUCACCGGCACCAUGGCCCCCAACCCUCAGCUAUCCUACCUGGACCGGGUCGUCAUGGAGAUCAUUGAGACCGAGAGGAUGUACGUCCGAGACCUACGCAUGAUCGUAGAGGACUACCUGGCACACAUCAUUGAUCAGUCUGAUUUGUCCAUUCAUCCUGAGCAGGUGUGUGCUCUGUUUGGAAACAUCGAGGACAUUUACGAGUUCAACAGCGACCUCCUUCAGGCUCUGGAUCUGUGCGACAGUGACCCGGUUGCCAUCGCCAGGUGUUUUGUUGAGAAGAGUGAGUACUUUGAGAUCUACACACAGUACUGCACCAACUACCCAAACUCGGUCGGCGCGUUGACCGAAUGCAUGAGGAACAAAUCGUUGGCAAAGUUUUUCCGUGACCGUCAGUCGUCACUGAAGCGCACGUUGCCUUUGGGUUCGUAUCUGCUAAAACCUGUUCAGAGGAUCCUCAAAUACCACCUCCUGCUCCAGGAGAUCGCCAAGCACUUUGACCCGGAGGAGGAUGGCUACGAGGUGGUGGAGGAAGCCAUCUACACCAUGACGGGGGUGGCCUGGUACAUCAACGACAUGAAGAGGAAGCACGAGCAUGCCGUCAGGUUGCAGGAGAUUCAGUCUCUGCUGCUCAACUGGAAAGGUCCUGACCUCACCACCUACGGAGAACUGGUUCUGGAGGGAACCUUUAAAGUGUACAAAGCCAAAAACGAGAGGACGCUCUUCCUGUUUGACCGCAUGCUGCUCAUCACUAAGCGCCGCGGUGAACACUUUGUCUACAAGACACACAUCUCUUGCUCCACCCUGAUGCUGAUAGAAAGUGCCAAGGACUCCCUGAGCUUCAGCAUUAUUCAUUACAAACACCCCAAACAGCCUCACACCGUCCAGGCCAAGACGGUGGAGGAGAAAAAGCUUUGGUCUCAUCACAUUAAACGGCUUAUUCUUGAAAACCACCAGGCGAUCAUCCCCCAGAAGGCUAAAGAUGCCAUCUUAGAAAUGGACUCCAUAUAUCCUUCCAGGUAUCGUUACAGCCCUGAGCGACUGAAGAAAGCUGUGUCCUCGCAGUCUGACUUGACCAAAUCGGCACUGAAGAGCAGCAAAGAGGUUUCUAUGGUAAGACACAAGCAUUUUUACUAUGAAGUUCUAUUGCUGUUGGGGGCAGAAACGAACGCUGUGACGUUCCUGCUGCAGUCCGACAGCACUGGGGUCUUAGCGGAGCCAUCAGCCGGAUCUGAGGACGAGCUGGGCAACAGAAGGCACUCGCUGGAGCCGCUGAUCUGCAGUGACGAGGAGGAAGGAACCAUCUCUGUCCAGCGCCACCAGACGGAGGAGAGCGAGCUGGACGAGCUCCUGCUGGAGGACAAGCAGGUAGACGACUUUGCCAGCUCCUUGCUGGCUGCCAUCCCCUGCUGGCACUUCAGGGUUCAGACCUUUCUCUCCAUCCCGGGGACGGGUGCAGAGGGAGGCACUAACAAUGACAAGCAACAGAUCCCUGAAGCUGGACCAGGAGAAACAAAGCCAAUGUUCUAUCCGGUAAAUCUUCAGCCCUUCACUGAUAACUUGCCAAAGGAGAAGAUGCCAGAGUUUAAACAAAUGGAAGACCUUCAAACAGACCCCUAUGUGGAUCAAAACUCUCCAAACAAUGCAAUAUUUCCUCAAAGUGCAGAGGUUCUGAUACCUGAAGGACAUCCAGAACCCACAGAGGAACCAUGCCGAGCCACGCCCGAUUCAGAUGCAAAAGUCUUGAGCAGCGCUGAGUCGUCUGAGGAUGAGGAAAAGGGAUCUCCAGACAAGGACGGUGAGACCACCACCAGCAUCCUUCCUUCCUCUGUCUUGGACCAAGCCAGCGCCAUCGCCCAGCACUUUAAUAGCAUUAAACGAGGUAGUCUGGGCCAGGAUGCAACCUCUUCCCUUGGCUGCUGCUCGCCGCGGGUACCCAGCCGCACCAACAGCAUCCUCAGCCUCAUUGCUGAACCCACAGACCGACCCACGCAACUUAUGAACAUCUGUUCUGAUCUCACAGAGGCAUUCAAUGCGACCGACUUGACAAUGCUGUCUCCACGAGAGGACAAUAUCUUUGAGGCCAACAGAGGCCUUCACCGCAGGCGGCAGUCCACCCUGUCCAAACAAGACCAGCUUCUCUUAGGAAAAAUUAAGAAUUACUAUGAGAAUGCUGGGAACCAAGAUGUUAGUUGGAGCCUUCGGCGAAGGGAGAGUCUGACGUACAUCCCAGCCGGACUAGUUAAGAGCUCUGUCAGCCGACUUAACAGCAUCCAGACAAGUGUCUGCACAUCUUCCAAUCUUGAUCCUCUAUCACUGGAGUCACAGUCUACUUUGAAUACAGAUACCAGAGGUCACGUGGUUUCCAGUGAUUUUCUGGACUCUUGGUCUGAACAGAGAAACACAGAUCCAGACAUUUCAGAAGAAAACCUCAUAUCCACAUGUAAAGGCCUGGAGAGUAAUCAGUUUGAGGAACAGUUCAGACCUUCAUCUGACAUGAUUAGGAUCUGGCAGGCGAUGGAGCAAGAUAUCAGUGUGACUCAGUGUGAGGACAGAGGACAUGAACAAUUAAAGGAAGCUUUAAGAAGCACCAAAGCAACCGCCCUCACCCAGACAAAGUCACCGAGUAUUAGCUGUGACCCACGGAGUGGAGCGGAUCCCAGCACCACAGAAAUACCCACAAACCCUAUGCAGAGUCUGAAAAACACAAAGGUGAGCCUCUGGGCACCGGUCCCUCGGGUGGCCCAGCUCAAGGCAGAAGCAGAGGAGCGAAAACCCGGUAGGAGCCAGCAGGAUGGCGUAGAACGGUCCAAGAGCAAAGUCCUCCAUCUGGCUCGUCAGUACAGCCAGAGAAUCAAAAGCACCACACCAGUGGCUGGACAGCACAGUCAGAGGAGCCUGCCCUGCGUGGUGGAGGAGGAGAGCUCAGAUAAUCCCAACCUGAUGCUUCCGCUACUUUAUCACGACAAGGCGUCUUCUCUGCCCCUGAGCCCCACGUACCUCAACCCAUCCACUGCCAGCCUCGCAUGCAGCUCCCCCGUCUCCCCGGGUCAGGCUCGAUCCCACAGCCCCCUCAGCCCCCGCGAGGGCUUCGACUGGCCCGACGUCCGAGAACUUCGCUCCAAGUAUUCUGAGCAUGGUCCCUUCCAUAGGAAUCCUAUAAGCCGAAGUCACUCCACCCCAGAUCAGAUGUUUGACGGCAUGAGGAGGCACUCCAGCCUCACUGUUCCUCCGUAUAGGAGCCGCGGCGGUCGGGAGGCCAGCCGAGAGGAGCACAGCACACGGCUCCACCGAGCGAAUUCUCUGGAUCCUCGGCUAGGCACCGCCCAAAUGAGCGAGCUGCAGCAGCUCCAGGACCAGGUGUCUGAGACUAACCUUCAUGGCUACUACGUUGCAGCAGAGGCACCGUUGCCCAACGAUCCUGAACACAAGAUCCUUGUUGUAGAAAAGCUUCCAGAGACGAAGUCGGCUCCUGCAGGAACUACUACAGAAUCCAAAGAAGAAGAGGACGACAACUAUGUUCAGAUCCGGUCGCCGACCAGCAGGGAGAAGAUUUCCAUCAUGGCUGUCAUCGAUCGUUGCCGAGCCUAUCAGGAGUCAGAUGAAUAUAAGCAGAGGCAGGAAUCGAAGGCAAAGAGUGAGUCUGCGAGGUCUCCAGAUCUUGAAAAGGCAUCAGAGUUCCAGAAACUACGAGCCAGCUCUGGGUUCAGGCCAGACGCUGGUCUGAGUUCAAACAGCAACGUCAAACACCUGAGAGAAAAGUUCCAGAGCCUGAGCUGAAACAAGUCACUGUCAGAGAGGAGAUGGUUCUGAUGUGGACACUGCUUUAUUCCACAUAAUAAACACUCACACCAUGAUGUACUUGUACAGUAUGUUAGGAAGAAUCAUUCCAUCAGAUGUGUUAAAUAUGUUUUUAAUGUAAAAAUGAAUUGAUUUAAAUCUGUUUGCUAGUGAUACCAUUUAAUUGUGUUUUUACGCUUCUCAAGUACAAAUGAUCAGGUUCUAUGUAAAUACAUGAAUUUUUGUGUAUAUUAUGGAUUUGUGGGUUAACAGCUGUGGAUCUGUGUGGAUCUCACAGGACUAACCACUAAACGUCACUUCUGACGCCAUGACGGAUUCACUGCAACUGAAACAACAGUUCUGUGUAACUUGACCUGUUUUUUUGGGAGAUGUAACAGGAAGGAUGUCGGCACUUGAGCAGGUGCUGGCUCUGUUGGACUCCUUCUCUGACAUGGUCUCAUAGUCUUCUGGUUCUUAUCCACUGACGUGACUGCAGCCAACCAGGUAAAGACUUAACGCAACUCUACUCCAACAGAAUUAAUUGUCAGCAGUAAGUAAAUUGUUUUUUACUGUGGCAUCAAAAAUAAACAAGCUUUAGCUUCAA